AUGAGCAAAGAAAGCCGAAUCUUUGGUCCGGAGCGGGCGAGCCGUGGUGAUGCGGCCGGUGACAAGCAGCAUCAGCCCUUGGACAGUCUGUGGGACGAGAAUGCGGAUAAGUACAAGUUCCGCUGUCGCGCGUUGCACAUCACUCGGGCCACACUCUACAUCGCCUACGCGCAGAUAGUGCUCACAUUCGUGUUCUGGCUCUUCUUCAUGUUCUACUACUUACAGGUACAGCCACCGCAUGCAUUCAUUUGUUUUUUUCCGAUUGCUUUUUUUCCCUCUUUUUUUGCACUCAAAAAUCGCAUGAAGCAUAACUCGGGCUACUGUCUACCUUAA